UAACGCAGCUGAAAAUACCCCGAGUGGGCGCCGCUAAAUUUAUCGAACAUGUUCGUCUUUGGCCACCCCCGCAGUUGGACCUCGACGAAUUUCGGACCGCCUCGGAUCGAGGAGAAUCGAGAUCCUUAGCAACAACGCCCUGCUUCAGCAUGGAUGCCUUGUCGCCUUCAGAGCCUGCAAGAAAGCGCUUGCGCACAUCUCACGCGUGCGACAUAUGCCGAAGUAGGAAGAUCAGAUGCGACGGUAAUACGCCUUGUAGCACAUGCCGCUCGGCAGACCAGGAGUGCACUUACGGUGCGGAAGCCAAUCCACGAGGCAAAAGUGACUUGGUUCUAGAUGGCGUUCGACGCAUUGAACGAAUCCUCGAGGGGCUCAGCCCAUUCCUUCAAAAUGCGGCCGCCGCGUACAUAGGAGACAAGAAUCAGUACAUAUCACCUCCUGCCGUCAACUCAAUAACCUCACCAUCAACCGCAUCGCCGUCAGUAGAUGCGUCAUGGCGCCAGGCUGCCUCCCAGCCCCCAGUCUCGACGGAUGGUGCCAAAACUCAAGAUGGGGGCGGUGCCCUCGACAACGCUGUUCUCGACUCCAUGCACACAUCUACCACGGAAGCUGUGCUCCAAUGGCCACAUUUUGACCAGUACCCAUCUCUUCGAGGAGACUACAGAUCCAUCUUUCACUUGGAGCGAACACGCCCACAGCUGGAACUCUCACCAUCAACCAUCUUUCCUUAUGUGACACAGGAAGACAUCACGGCUAUCCUCGAUGCAUUUCAGUACAAUGUUAACUUUUGGUAUCCUACGGUGUCGCAGAACCAACUACAUAGCGUGCACACCUCGAUGAUGUCUGGCGAUCCUACAGAUAACUCGCUGGAUUCCUGUCUGUCGCUUCUCAUCAUGGCCCUCGGUUGCGCUAGCCAAGUAACCGCCAAUCUUCCUCAAGGCAGCACAUCUACACCUGAAGAGGCACGAUACAGAGCGUCAAGACGAAAGAUUGGCGACAAGUAUUUUGAAGCUGCGCUUAAAAAGCUGCAUAUUGCUCAUCUCACCGUGAACUCGACAUCAGCGCAAUGCAUGCUCUUUGUCGCAUUUUACUUUGCUUUCCUUGGCCGCCCUUUACAGGCCUGGGAAUUCAUUAGUACAGCAUCCACCAAAUGCUUGAUGCUGCUCUCCUACGCGGCCGAAAAUGCGCAAGAGGAAGAGCACGAGCGCAUGCGUCGAGUAUUCUGGUCAUGCUAUAUCCUUGAAAGCGACUAUGUUGCCGAGCUUUCUGCUUGCCCAGUCUCUGGCAUCGCCCGAGUCGAGUCAUCCGUUCCACUGCCACGCACCUACUACAGCCAUGCUUCGACCUCCGAGGAUGAGCAGUCUUCGCUGUAUUUUGUCGCAUGUAUCAGUAUGCGGCGACUCUUGAAUCGCGUCCACCAAUUGCUCUAUGCCAAGGACACCGGUGCGGCCGUGAACUCGGCUCAAUUUCCCUCCAUUGUUGCCGAGCUGCACCACCAACUCGAAGAUUGGCGCGAGGUUUUGCCGCCCUCAUUUGCCUUUACCGUUGAUACAUCGCCUGCCACAAAUGCCGCCAGUGGAUUCUUGAGACAGAGAUAUUUAACUUGCCGAAGCGUCAUAUAUCGGCCAUAUCUGAUGUGGCUUCUCAGCGGUCUCGGACACCCACCAGACGGCAAGGUUGGCUCACCGACCAAUCCCAGCCCCGAAAUGCUGAAGAGCAGUAGGGCAUGUCUGGAUGCAUGCUUGAUGCAUAUUCUCAACUUGCGCGGCUUCUCACACACGGUCCUCAUGGACACGUGGAUUUGUUCGCUGUCUAUGGCGGGAGCUAUGCUUGUUCUGCUGGCUGCGUCCAAGAUUCCGUCUCUGCGAAACUUGAUCGGACUAGAGGUCUUCUCGGCAGGUGAUCAUCUGAUACAGCUUCUUCAGCAGUGGCAAGAGCUGCUUGGUGGACCGCCAUCACCUAGCGUGGCGCAGAGCAUUCGUAUCAUUGAUGCUGCUGAUCGCUUCAUCAAGGACUCGCUUUCGCAUCAGUCGGACCAACCGAAGGAUCCCCGAUCCUGGAAACGGAUAGAACUUUGAAAUUUCGUGUAAAAGGGUUGUAUAAUAAUGAUGUGGCGACGAGCGGUGUUGACUUGGCGUUUGUAAUGUAUUUUAUUCCACAUAAUCGAACUUGUACCUCUCUUCUUGGUUGUGUAGCUGAUUGCAGUCUCAUUAUGUCUCAGUCCUCACUCAUGGCUUCUAGGGGCCCAACCGGGUUAUCACGGAAUACUGCCAAUGAUGACAACUGCCAAUAGCCGUGGCCACCGCGUCGGAUGAUUUCACCAGCCUGUUGGAAGAAAGAGUCGACCCGGAGUGCUACUGGUCGCACCAGCAGUUUACCUAGAUAGUAUUCGGUGGAUGUCAACCUCUGCAGCGAUACGUGAAAGCUAACGAGCAAGUCAUGCGCAACUUUGAUAUCAGGUGGCUCCGAGGCAACAAUGAAAAGGUGUAUAAGGAAAUUGCCACAGAGGAUCAACUGAGAACGGGC